AUGAAUGACGAUAUCCAAGUACCAGAAUCAUCUUCUCCAUCAAGGUACAACAUCCCAUCGUCAUCACCAUUGAAGAAAGAAUCCGAUUUCAAAAUGGAUAACGCUAAUUCUUUGAGAGAAAAGUUUUCUUUCAAAGGUGGAAAUUCACAAAAUGUAGUAUCUCCUUCAAAAGACGGGGAUGACUUUAGAGCAAAUCUGACAAUUCUAUCAGAGGAAUUUUCCGAUUUUUCAGCAACUUUAAUUCAGGCUGUAUUCAAAUCAAAUUCAUUCAAUUUAGCUCUAUCUAGGGAAAGGUUGAAUAAAAUUAGAAGCCAAAGAACUUCCUGGUCUGCUAGUUCUCCUAAAAAGGUCAAUAGACUAUCAACUACAGCAGAGGACUCUUCAAAGAUUACUUUGGUUAAACAGAAAGCUUCAAUUUUCGAUCGUUAUUCGAAUGUAUUAAACAAGAAGCAUGUCAACGAAUCAGAGUUAACUGAUCUUUUAUCUGAGAAUGAAUCAUCAGAAAACUCAGAUCCUCCAGUGGCAAAGAAAAAGAGAAGAUUAGUUAAAUAUGCUGAUAUGCAAAGUACAAAAGUACAAAAAACUAACACUCAUCUUGAUCAAGCUAAGGAAAAGAUAAUGAAAAAAAAAUCUGUUAAACAACUAAUGGAAGAUGAGGAAGAACAUGAUGUCAUUGAUGAUGGCUUGACAGAUUUAGAUUCAGAAAAUGAUAAUUAUGAAGAGCAAGUAACUGAAGAAAAUAUUGAUGCUCAAAUACUGAAAUUCAUUAAUACAGCAGAAGCAAAUGACAUUGCCGAUUUAGCUGAUAUACCUAUUGAAAAAGCCAAAUUGAUUAUUGAAAGCAGAACUUUCAAAUCCAUUGCACAAUUUUCAGCCAUGGAAUUUAUUACAGAGAAAGAAAAAGAGAAAUUAGAAUCUCAGAAAGAAAACAAAAGGAAAUCUCGUAAACCUAAACUACCUGAAGGUGAAAAACUUGUUGAUAAAUUAUUCCAAUCUAUAAAAGGUUAUAAUGCGAUUGAUUCUCUUAUUAAACAAUGUUCAUCGUAUGGUACUUUGAUAGCUUCUCAAAUUAAAAAAUGGGGUGUUGAUCUGGAAAAACCUUCAGAAAAUGGUGAAUUGGAUAUCACUUCUUUAGAUACUGAUGACCAAAAUAAAGCGGUUGUUGAAGAAUUUGAUGAUUCAGAAGUUUCAGGUACUCCAACCCCAACUCCAACUCCAAGUUCUUCUACCGCAAAUUUAUUGGCUAAGAAGACAGCAAGAAGAAUUAAACGUUUAGACAGUGAAGACGAGGAAGAGGAUUUUGAUAUAGGUGUAGAGGAAGCUGAUGACGAUGAAGGUGCAGAUGAUGAUGAAGAUUUUGCAAUUGAUUCCAAAACAAGAGUUACUCGUACAAGUAACAAAAUAAAGGCCAGAAAAUUAAUUAAAUUUUUUAUGGGUAAACCAAAAUUAUUGGCUGAAGAUAUUACUUUAAAAGAUUAUCAGCAGGCAGGCAUUAAUUGGCUAAACUUAAUGUAUCAUAACAAAAUGUCAUGUAUCCUUGCUGAUGAUAUGGGUCUUGGUAAAACUUGUCAAGUUAUCAGUUUCAUGGCAUAUUUGAAACAAAUAAACGAGCCAGGACCUCACCUAGUAGUGGUUCCAUCAUCAACCUUAGAGAAUUGGCUCAGAGAAUUCCAAAAAUUUUGUCCUGAACUUAAGAUUGAACCUUAUUAUGGUACUCAGGCAGAAAGAGCGGACCUACGUGAUAUAUUAGAAGAAAAUGUAGGGCAGUAUGAUGUUAUAGUUAGUACCUAUAAUCUUGCAGCAGGUAACAAACAAGAUGUAUCAUUUUUAAGAAACUGUAACUUCAAUGCAAUUGUAUAUGAUGAAGGGCAUAUGUUAAAAAAUUCAUCGUCAGAAAGAUUUAAUAAACUGAUGAGAAUAGACUGUAAUUUUAGAUUAUUAUUAACAGGUACUCCAUUACAAAAUAAUCUAAAAGAAUUGAUGUCGUUAUUGGAAUUCAUUAUGCCAUCUAUUUUUGAAUCUAAAAAGGAAUCACUGGCCUCUAUCUUUAAACAAAGAGCAAAGACCACCACAGCUAGUAAAGAUUACAAUCCAUUGUUGGCACAGGAAGCAAUUAAUAGAGCAAAGACAAUGAUGAGACCCUUUAUUUUGAGAAGACGUAAAGACCAAGUCUUGAAACAUUUACCAGCAAAGCAUAAACAUAUUGUUUAUUGUGAUAUGGCAAGUUCCCAACGUGAGAUUUAUGAUAAAGAAAUACAAAUGGUAAAGGAUCAUAAAAAGCUUAUCAGAGAUGGAAUGUUGCCAACGGAUGCUAAAGCAAGGAAAGCAAUUAAAGAUUCAAGUUCAAAAAAUUUAAUAAUGUCUUUGAGAAAGGCUUCUAUCCAUCCUUUAUUAUUCAGACAUAUCUAUGACGAUGCAACGAUUUCUAAAAUGAGUAAAGCAAUCUUAAGAGAACCUGAAUAUGCUGAAAAUGGUAAUAUUGAAUAUAUUAAAGAAGAUAUGAGUUAUAUGACCGAUUAUGAACUUCACCGUUUAUGUACUAACUUUCCAAAAAGUUUGUCACAAUAUCAAUUGAAAAAUGAUGAAUGGAUGAAUUCAGGUAAAGUUGAAAAAUUAUGCGAACUACUAAAGACAAUUAUUAUAGAUAAGAAAGAAAAGGUUUUAAUUUUUUCAUUGUUUACCCAGGUACUAGAUAUUUUAGAGAAUGUAUUAUCAACCUUAAAAUACAAAUUUCUAAGAUUAGAUGGUUCGACGCAAGUUAACGAUCGUCAGUCAUUAAUUGACAAGUUCUAUGAAGAUGACACUAUUCCAGUGUUUAUAUUAUCAACCAAAGCUGGUGGGUUUGGUAUCAAUUUAGUGUGCGCUAACAAUGUAAUUAUAUUCGACCAAAGUUUCAAUCCACAUGACGAUAGACAAGCCUCUGAUAGAGCUCAUAGAGUUGGUCAAACUAAGGAAGUGCAGAUUACAACCUUAAUUACUCAAAAAUCCAUUGAAGAAAAAAUAUUGCAGCUAGCAAAUAACAAAUUAGAUUUAGAUAGUCAUAUUAGUGAAGACGAUAAAAAAUCAGAAGAUGCAUUAGAAUCUAAAGUAAAUGACAUGCUGGAAGAUAUUAUCUUUGAAGAGAGCACAGAAGAAGGAAAAUAA